GAGGCCGAGUGGACCAACAGGCUCAGAAACAGAUAGGGGGAAUCCCCUGUUUCCAGAACACCAUGGAAACACUGACAGACAUCAGGCAGGCAAACCAGGAGGCAGCGAGGGGAAGCAGGAGAGGAGGUUUGUCCCUACCGAGCCUGAGAGACAGCAGCAGACGCUGCAGCCAUCUGGAUCCUGCUGCCUUACCUGGUUUGCGGAGUACCAGGACCGCCUGUAUGCCGGCUCCCCCCCAAAACAGGCAGAGGACAAGGACUGUUGUUGCUGCAUCUCCAUCCUCCACCGCCCUGCUGUCCGCAGCCGAGCCCAGACAGCUCAGUCGUUCAGCCCCCAGCAUCAUGGAACCUCUGUGCUCAAACGCUGUGAUGCAGGCCGGAGCACACAGUCAGACCCGACUGGUCUUCCAAGACACUGUAAAUGAACAAAAGGGACCUUUGCUGGCGCAGCAUCCCAGAAUGCCCAAGCUGUUGGCCCCACUAACCAGCCAGCCCAGGGACAUUGCUGCUCUGCCGGUGCUAAAGCACCGCGUUCCCCUGAAGCCCAUCAGCCGGAUCGCCCUUUGCUCCAGGACCUGGCUGAGGAGGGAAAGGCUGUUCUGGGGCAGCCCACCCACUGGCCUCCUUAUUGCUAAGGGUGGUAGUGAGGAAAGUGGAUCCAGCAGCCAGUCGAGUUCAUGCGACCUGGAGGAUGAGGAAUAUGAGAGGGAUGUGUGUGAGGGAGCUUCAGGGACAAGGAAUAUGAAGUUAAUUGGAAACAGAUUGGCCCCACAUUUGAACAGCGUGAGCCGCACAGAGGUUGGGGAGACACAGCAACAUUUUAAAGUUCUGUCAAAGAUCAGUAGCAUUCCACCCAUCCAAGGGUUAGCCCAUGACCUGGAUGGAGAGCCUAUUGGUUGUACAAACUCUCACUGUGAAGGCAAAGCCACCAAUGACUCUUUUAUUAAAUAUCAGUAUGCCCAACAAGAUGAUACUGUGAAUGAAGAAUCAUCUAUCACAUCUAAGUGUAAGGGGGAAAAUAAUAAUUUGGGCUGCCCCCCAAAGCCUGACACCAAGAGUAAUCAUGGGAUUUUCCAUAUGAAUAAUGACCAAGGUGAAUCUAUUGCAUCCUGUGAAGGUACUUACAGAAUCUACCUGCAGCAUAUACAACCAUCAAGAAAAACAAUAAGGGAUUCCUUUUGUGAAGAAGCACGGGCAGAUGAUCCAAUCCCUCGUCGGGAGGAUGUAAAGCUACCCUCUGUCUCUACCGAUGGGGCAAUUAAAUUGUUUACUCCAGCUGGAAACCUUCCACGGUCACAUACAGAUCCCAGGGGAGAGGAGAGGAGGUUGAGGACUGUAAAGCAUCUCCUGAACAAAGACAGGAGAACCAUCGUAAAAAGUGAACUAAGAGCCGUCAUUCAAACUACCCAGCUGUCCUUAAGCGUGCUUGCACACAAAAAUCGAAGCAUUCUCAAUCGCAACAAGUCCAAAAGUAAUGUGAAGGGCUCCACACAAGGUAAAGACAAAACAAGGAAUGCCCCCGAGCUGAUAAUUAGCGGAGAGACUGUCACAAAACUCAAGUCCAGGCUCAAUUCUGUUAAAAGUGUUCGUUGUCACAUUGGCACCGACUCACCAGGAAAGAAGGUUUCUGAUCAGGGCAAAAGAGCCAGUCCUGACAAGAUAAACAGAGCUCAACAGCAUGCACCAGAGAAGGAGCUGAAGAGCAUUGGGCAGUUGAAGAGAGCCGGUCUACCGGACCCCCCGAGGUCUAAAUCUAGUGCGGCCUUCACCACCAGCAAAGACAUGUUGCAGGAGAUACAGAACGGGGAUGAAGCUUUGGCCAUUCACAAGGUGUUUUCUGGUCCUGUUUAUGAUAACGUACGAGUUUACAGCUCCCGCGAGAAAGUGAAGGGCAGACAAGUGCAGCCUGCUCCGACUAGGAAGACACAACAGUGCUAUGGAGUCAAACAUAGACCGUUGAAACAAGCGCAGUGGAAAAGUCCAAAGGAGAGCCUUGUGAUUUCAGCUAAAAGCAAACCAAAACUGGCACCCUCCGGGAUGAAAGCUCACAUUGCAGCUGCUCCAAAGAAGGACACACACAAAGUAAAGAAGGAUGGACACACAAAGGCCGAGUUAGUUCCUUCCAAAGAUGUUGGAAUUUGUCAGAGUAGUUAUCCAGAAACUGGGUUGUCUACGAUAGAGAAAACUAUCAAAUCGAAUGACAAAAGACUAACAACGCCAGCAGCUUCAUUUCAUGACCAGGACCAUAGUCGCCCACACAUGAAUAUGCAAGAAAUAAGAGACCCAAACCGUCCGGCUCCUGAGCCCGUAUCAUCUCAAAGCCCUCAACAGCCAAAAAUCAGAACUUGGAUGUCAUCGUGGGGCAGUAACACCAUCAUGUCAUCGGUCUACCAGAAGUUCCUGGAUGAGGUGGGGGACGGGCCGCUUACCGAUGACCUGCUGCAAUGUCUGGCCGAGGAGCUGAUCACGUUGGAGGAGAGGGGUGUAUCCACAGGACUUGAAAACCUUGAGUUCAACGGGGAAAAUUAUAAUUUAUCAGGAAAAAAGACAUUUCUUGAGGAUGAUUCAAUUGACAGGGCUGCGCUGCUUGACGGUGGGUUGGUUGUAGAUGACACCACCACAUGGACAAAGGGUGAAGUACUUGGCAGAGGAGCGUAUGGGAUUGUCUACUGUGGCCUGACCAGUCAAGGCCACCUGGUUGCUGUGAAACAAGUGAGCCUCCAUUCAUCCGACCCCGACACUGCGAAUACAGCCGAGUACGGCCGUCUGCAGAGGGAAGUCGAGCUGCUAAAAAACCUCAGACAUGCCAACAUUGUGGGCUUUCUGGGUACCUCGCUGUAUCAGCAUGUGGUUUCCAUCUUCAUGGAAUACAUCCCAGGGGGAUCCAUCGCCAGCAUCCUUCAAAGGUUUGGUCCUCUGCCAGAGCGUGUCCUGGCUCUAUACACCCAUCAGAUCCUUGAAGGGGUGGCCUACCUUCACCUGAACAGGGUGAUUCAUCGAGACUUAAAGGGCAACAACGUCAUGCUGAUGCCCACUGGCGUCAUCAAGCUCAUAGACUUUGGCUGCGCGCGCCGUCUCAGCUGCCUGAACCACACCGCCAGCCACAGCGCAGACCUGGUCAAGUCCGUGCACGGCACACCUUACUGGAUGGCACCGGAGGUCAUCAAUGAAACAGGAUAUGGCAGGAAGUCGGACAUAUGGAGUGUGGGUUGCACAGUGUUUGAGAUGGCCACAGGGAAACCACCGCUGGCGCACAUGGACAAGAUGGCCGCCUUGUUCUACAUCGGCGCUCGGAGAGGGUUGAUGCCCACCUUGCCGAGUGGAUUUUCGGAUUACGCAAAGAAUUUUGUGAAAAUCUGCUUGACCAGUGACCAAAGACUGCGGCCAUCUGCAGACCAGCUGCUGAAGCAUUCAUUCAUCCCCAAACGAGAGACCGGAGCACACGCAAAGAACUGCUGUGCUCACCCAGAGGGACUGUGUGGUUAGCUUACGCUUACACACAAUGCAAGUUAAAUUAGGACUACGAUUACCUGCCAGGAAUCCCCAGUAAGGCACUGGUAGUGUGUAUGGGAAUACAAAAUGCAACAAAAAGACAUUGUAGAAACUACAUGAGCACUUUUAUACAUUUAACCUUAGUAAAACCUAUAAAAUGUAAACUAAAUUACAGCAUAUUUUUGUAAUGCACUGAAUAUUUUCUUCAUAGAAAGCUUAUAAAUGUGCCAAUCUUAAGUAUCUUAGUUGAAACUACUUCUCUGCUCUGUAGUUUAUGUACAUUUUGAAAAACCCAUAGUGCAACAUGUACUUAAAAUGUAAACUACUUCCUGUUCGCUUUCCACUGAUGAGUUAACCAGUGUAAAAUUGUAACCAAGAGACAUGAAAGUGGUAAUAAUGAGACUACUACUUACUAUAAGAAUAGUACACCUAUGUAUCAAAACAUCACGUUUCCUUCAUUAUUAACUACAAACAUGGAUAAACAAAAGGAUCGCAACAACCAGCGUUUAUACCCUGUCCAGGUAGUGGCAACUUUGAAGUUUAUUUGGAAUAGUAAAAUGAAAAAAAAAGACGUAAAGGGUGGGUUACACACAUCUGCUCUUCCUCCCUAUGUCCAAGUGUUAAUCCCAAAGGGUCCAAACUGACUCAGGAUCAAGUGUUUUCAAUAACCCGCUCAAAAACAGAGAGGGCGGUCAGGUCAAGAUUUGGGAACAAUAUAGAGUUUAAUGUAUGAAGUUGUUGAGACGUGUCUGAAAUGGUACAUGGCUGGAAAUGCAAAUCAGGAAAAACAAAGAAAACUAAGGGACAUCACACUGCAGAUACUAUAUUCAGCAGGUCAACUGAUCCUGGGGUGGAACUGAGCCAGCAAGAGUGUUUCCUCUGCACUAUACGGUACUAUGUUAAAGGAUGACUGCAAUACUUACAUGAACCCCCUGCUGACAUCUAAGGGCUACAGCUUUAGGUCCUAAAACGAUGUCUGAUGCACUUCAAAGUAAAAAAGGGGUUAUGUAAACUUUAAUAGCACAUUGUCAGUUGUUUUUCUUCUUUAUGUGGCAAAACCUUUGGCAUUCAGCUUAAGGUUUACUCAGAGGUCCCAAAAAAUAUUUUUUGGUACAAAUUGCAUGGCUCUGAUGUGAUAAGUAGGUGUUAAAUGUGCCUGUGUUAUUGAGGGCAUCGACUAGUGUUCCCCGUGAUGAAAAAGCACAGUACAGCCCCCCCUGUAGGAGGGUUGGUAGAAGCACACACACACUACUGGAAUGCUGCAAUCAUUCACCCGAUGAUGCCCAAUCCGUUAAGCAACAAAAUAAACGUAUUUUAUAGGUAUUAUAUUCAUCUUGUUAUACUUACAAGCAGCUCCAAACCUGAGUAGUCAUGGUAUAGCUUUUUUUCUUUUCUUUAAACAUACAAAAACGUAUGUACAUUUAUCUCCACUCUCUGUAAACAGCAAGUACGCAUUCUUUUAAAUCCCUUUGAUGAUUGAAACAUGCAAAUCAUACGCACAGUACUGAAGUAUAAAAAGAAAUCACAAGAAAGAAAUUGGAGAUGAAACCAUACACCUAAAAAAAUAAAAAAUAAAAUGUAUCCAUCAAGCGUAUUAAAUGGAAUGCCAGCAAACAUUGUUGAACUCCGCUCCAGCUGGCCACUGGCUUCCUUCAUACAACUGCAGAAAUGUGAUUCAAUUAAACUACUUGUUUAAAACAAAAAUCAAAAUAGACCAAAAAAAACGCAAAUAGGUGCACAUUCCAGGCCUCUCAUAGUACUUGCAAUACUUUUUUCCCAUGUGGAGAUCUCAAAUGCGGGGAAGACUUUCCCCCAGUGGUGAAAACACACUUUUGCACGUUCCGAGACUGAGGAGGAAGGAGAACCAAGCAGCGAUUCAACACUAACAGAAAGACAGUGCUGAGCGUCUCAGCCCAGAUAUCUGACAGUCAGGAAGCAUAAUUCUUUUUUUUUUACAUCUUUCUUGUCUCUUAGAAAUUGAGGUCCAACAAUACUUAUCUUUCGUUUUUUUUUUUUUUUUU